AUGCGCAUCAUCAAGCCCUCGUGGCUGAGCCACAGCGGCGAGCAGAAGGAUUUCGAGGUCUAUAGCUGCCACGUCUCGCCCGAUGGCAAGCGGAUCGCGACUGCGGGCGGCGACGGCCAUGUGCGCAUCUGGUCGACCGAGGCCGUCUACCACGCCGACGACGCCGACUACAAGAAGCCGCGCCAGCUGUGCCACAUGAGCCAUCACCUGGGCACCAUCCAUUCGGUGCGCUUCUCGCCCAAUGGCCGCUAUCUGGCCAGCGGCGCCGACGACAAGCUCAUCUGCGUCUACCACCUCGACAAGGGGCCGCCGGCCCCGACCUUUGGCACCAACGAGCCGCCGCCUGUCGAGAACUGGAAGACGUACAAGCGCCUCAUCGGCCACGACAACGACGUCCAGGACCUGGCCUGGUCCUACGACUCGUCGCUGCUGGUGUCGGUCGGGCUCGACUCAAAGGUCGUUGUCUGGUCGGGCCACACGUUCGAGAAGCUCAAGUCGAUUCCCGCGCACCAGAGCCACGUCAAGGGCAUCACCUUUGACCCGGCCAACAAGUUCUUUGCCACCGCCAGCGACGACCGCACCAUCAAGAUCUUCCGAUUCACCCCGCCCGCCCCGAACGCGACGCAGCACGACAUGAUUAACAAUUUUGUCCUCGACGCCACCAUCAGCUCCCCCUUCAAGAGCUCGCCCCUGACCACGUACUUCCGACGCUGCUCCUGGUCGCCGGACGGCAACCACAUCGCCGCUGCCAAUGCCGUCAACGGCCCCGUCAGCUCAGUCGCCAUCAUCGAACGGACGAGGUGGGACAGCGAGAUCAAUCUGAUUGGGCACGAGGCGCCGACGGAGGUGUGCAUGUUCUCACCUCGCCUCUUCCACACCGUCAAGCCGGGGCAGAACGGGGCGGCAAAUGGCCACGGAGGGCAGCUCGUCACGGUUAUUGCGUCUGCAGGCCAGGACAAGACGUUGAGCAUCUGGAAUACCAACACCUCGCGCCCGGUCGUCAUCUUGCAGGAUAUAGCGGGCAAGUCGAUUUCCGACUUGGCCUGGACACCGGACGGCCAGACCCUGUUUGCGUCCAGCCUGGAUGGCACCGUCGUUGUGGCCAAGUUCGACGAAGGCGAGCUGGGGUGGGUUGCCCAGCAGGAGGAGAACGUCAAGGCGCUUCAAAAGUACGGUGGCUCUCGCAAGGGCAUGGGCAUCGCCGAGGAUGUGGAUGGAUUGCUCCUAGAGGAGCACAGCAAGGCCGGCGAAUCAAGGGCUGUGCAGUCCAGAAUGGGGGCCCUCAUGGGCGACUUCCAAAACGAAUCGGCAAAGGAGUCCACGCCGGCCACCCAAGCCAGCAAAGCGGAAUCCUCCGCAUCGGCCACCGAGAAAGCAGCUGCCAACGGGAGCGCAGAGUCAGACAAGGAUAAAGAAAGGGAAAAAGUAGACACCAAGGAAGAAAAGGCGGAGGAGACUGCGGACAAGACGGCCGAACGGGUCCGUGAGCUAAAGUCGCGAGUUACUAUCGGCAAGGAUGGGAGGAAACGAGUGGCACCGUUACUGGUCUCCUCAUCCGGGACUGGGCAGUCUUCUCUGCCGCAGAGCCAACUUGUGGGGUCGACGACGACCAAGAACACGCAAAACGACGCUCCGCAGACCAUAUUGGACCUGAGUAAGCCUUUCGACGGCUUGCCAAAGGGUGGCAUCGUUGCUAUGCUGCUGGGUAACAAGCGCCGCGCUGCCACUACCGAUCUCGACGACGACGAAGAGCCUGCGGCUAAGCGGGCGGCUGGCGGCCCAACAGCUGUGGUGACCAACGGGGUCGAUGGCGUGGAGCCUGCGGCCCUGGUGCCCGUCGAGCACGGCGUUAUCCCAACUCCCGAGUUCCUACGCCCGGCCGUGCUGAAUCCUUCCAUCUCCUAUGCCCAGGUGCGCCUUGCUGUUCCCAAGAUACGAUCACACAUCCUGCGGCCCCUGGAGCGAGGCGUGCUGCAACCGGAGACGUCCACGCUUGAAGACGCAUCGAAGCUCCCGGAGAAUAUCAUCCUCGAAGCCAAGAACGAUACCGACCCGCGCAAUCCAGCCCAUGUGCUUGUAACCAAACGAGGAGUUUUGAUAUGGCAGGAGUUUUUGCCCCGAGCUGUCAUCCUGGUGACGGCAAGCAAGCACUUCUGGGCCGUGGCCUGCGAAGAUGGAUCGCUGCACGUCUGGACUCCCGCCGGCAGACGUCUUCUCAACCCCAUCAUCUUGGAGUCCCAGCCCGUCAUUCUUGAAUGCAGGGAUUACUGGCUGAUGGUCAUCACAGCCGUGGGACUCGUCCACGUCUGGAACCUCAAAACGCAGUCGUCGCCACACCCUCCGGUGUCCGUUGGGCCCAUACUGGAUAUUGCAACGGCUUCGCUGAACCAGCACUCGGCCACGCCUGGCCCCGGCAUCACGUCUGCCCACCUCAACUCGACCGGUCACAUCGUCGUCACCUUGACAAACGGCGAUGGCUACUUUUAUGCUCGAGACAUGUACACGUGGCAGCGGCUGAGCGAGGCCUGGUGGGCGGUAGGCUCGCAGUACUGGAACUCGAAUGACUCGUCCAUCUCGGCUUUGCAGUCCACCGCGGUUGGUCCCAACUCAAAAGAAGACAAGGAAAAGGGCGCCGUCACCGUAUCCUCUGGCAUCAUUCCUUUCCUCGAGCGACACACCACCAACGAGUUUCUUCUCAAGGGAAGGGCCUAUGCUCUGCAGCGCAUCAUUAAGACGGUCAUGCAGAGAUCGGAGGCGGAGGGUCUGGAGAGCAGUGUCAGCAUUGCCCACUUGGAGAAUCGGAUCGCCGGUGCUCUGCAGCUGGGGGCAAGCGACGAGUUCAGGUUAUACUUGUUCAUGUACGCCAAGCGAUUGGGAGCCGAGGGCGCCAGGGGCAAGGUAGAGGAGCUUCUCAACAGCUUGCUGGGCGGUGUGCUUGAGGAGAAGGAGUCUGAGAAGACGGGUAGCCGCGGUUGGUACAGUCAGGAUGAGCAAUUGUGUGGAUGGGAUCGAAAAGAACUGCUGAAGGGAGUAGUUCUUAUUCUUGGUAAAUUCCGCGAGCUGCAGCGUCUCACAGCCCAAUAUGCAAGGCUGAUAGAGUUGAACUUGGAUGACGGGUCGGCAGAUGCAGACUCGAUGGACGUUGAGGCGUAG